GCUCUACCAUACUCUACAACAUUUUAGUUACGUAGUAUUGUGGCCAUCACGAAUACCAAAUGACCACGUGAUCAACCCCGGAAAUGAGGCAUCUAAUAAUACUGUCGUAUUAGCUGGAGCGUUGCGAUCGACUUCCACAAUACGUUUUUAGACUUUGUCUGACUGUUUUGUUACUUAUUCAGCUGCACCGUUUCUUAUGCGUAACACCACUACACUUUGAUUCUGGAGAAUGAACGAACACGGGAGUAAAACGUUGCAAAUUUCAACAAGGGAGAAACUUGAAAGAUUCAAUACAUUACGUGGUAAACGGGUGCAACCUGGAGAGUUUUGGGAUCUCGUUGUGUUAACUGCAGUGGAUGAAGACCAGAGAGAAGCAUAUGAGCUUCAAAUCUCAGAAAAACUUAAGAGGAGACAUAUCCCACAUGGCAUUCCUUAUCACGUGUUUUCAGAUCCACCUGGACCCAAAAUAGGAAAUGGAGGUGCGACUCUGUAUUCUCUGCAAAAGCUGGAAGACAUUUAUGGGAAGGCGUUGGGUGAAUACAGGGUCCUCCUGAUUCAUGCAGGGGGAUACAGCCAGCGCUUGCCAAGCGCUAGCGCUCUGGGAAAGGUAUUCACCGCCAUGCCCCUUGGUGAUCCUUUGUACCAGAUGCUGGAAGUCAAACUGGCCGUGUUCGUGGAUAUCCCCAGGCACAUGAAACCGGGUGUCCUGGUGACGAGUGCAGAUUGCAUUGAACUCUACAGCGUGAGCGAGAAGGGGAUUGUUUUUGACCGGUCCGGGUUCACUGCUUUAGCCCAUCCCUCCCAUAUUUCCAUCGGAACCACACAUGGAGUGUUUGUUAUGGACCAGCGGGAGCAAUCCGGAAAGGCUGACUUGGAGUACAGGACGAGCCUCCGUUUUCUGCACAAACCUAGCAUCAGGCAGAUGUAUGACAGCGGUGCUGUUUGUAAGACCAGUGAUACCUCUGUGUCUCUGCUGAGGGAUGAGGAGUUUGUGUACACAGACAGUACAUAUUAUGUGGAUUACCAGACUGCCAUAUAUUUACUUGCUCUCUUCAGAGAACUGGGUCCUUUGGAUUGUGAGAUAGAUGCAUAUGGGGACUUUCUACAGGCCCUGGGUCCCCAAGCCACGGUGGCUUACACUAGCAACACGGCCAACGUCACCAAGCAUGAGGGCAGCCUGGUGAAGAUACGUCAGAAGAUCUUCCACCACCUCAGAGGAACCCCGCUCAGCGUGGUGGCUCUCAACCACUCCAAGUUCUACCACAUUGGCACCUCCACCGAGUACUUGUUCUACCUGACAGAGGACCCGUGCCUCAGGGCCGAACUGGGCCUGUACCCGGCGCUGGGCUGCAAUCAGAACUUCAGUUCAAAGGUCAGUUGUGAGCUUGUCAGUGAGGUGAAGGAUGGCUGCUCCCUAACUCCCGGGUCAGUGGUGGAGUACUGCCGUCUGGAAGCUGGCGUCCAGGUGGGUGGACGAACCAUCCUCAGCGGCUGCUGGGUUGGAACAGGCCUGAAGGUGCCCGAUGGAGUCUUCAUGCACUCGCUCUGUGUGAACCGCAAUGGCCAAACUGGUUUUGUUACAGUCGCCUUUGGCAUUGAGGAUGACCUGAAGAAGAGCAUUGGGGCCCCUGCUAAUAUGGAGGGGUUGAACCUGUACGGGAUUAGUUUGGUGGAGUGCCUGGCCAAAUGGGGUCUGAGCUCUGAGGAUUUGAGGUUCUCUGGGGACACUUCGAAUUGUAGUCUUUGGAACGCCUGUCUGUUCCCUGUGUGCUCAGACAUGCGCAGCUCGUUCUGGCUGACUCUGGAGAUGGUACAGGCACUGCAACAGGAAGGGUCCACUAUCCUGAGGCCUGCUAGCACCAAACGGAUGUCUUUACAGGAAGGCCUGCAGUGUAAAAACCUGGACGAGAUGAUCAAGUACAGGAGGAGACUCAUGGAGGAUGCAGACUUUAAGACAUUGAGCUGAUCAUGUGUUGAACUGUGGACAUAACAAGGUUAGAAUUGAUUGUACUAUGUGCUACCGGCAGGUGGAAUGAUUAACUGUAGGUGCCACAUUUAUUUUUAUUUAUUAACAUUGAUUGGAUAAAAAUGGGGCUUAUUUUAGCUGCCAUGAUGCCUCGUCUCUUUCACCCAAACAGUCUGAAGUGGUUUCUUUUAAGUUAAAUGGGCAGGUCUUGACAUACUAUGAAGUCAUGUAUAGCUUGUGUCCUAUCGGGUAACAAAGGACUGUAUAGCCACAGGUGUUGUGCUGUGUUAACUUGGUUAUGGGUUGCUUGGUUUCCCCAGAGAGCAUGUCAGAUUUCCACCACUGAGAGUAAUGUGACAUUGAAAGGGAGCAUGGUCUUUGGUAGCUUUAGGAUUGAGAGAUGAACUGGAAGCUAAGCCACAUUCCAUUCCACAGGUCCACAUUUUUCAAAUACUUCUACUGGUUGGUACAAAUCACUGGGUCGUGAAAAUCACAACAGAUGAACAAGUCGAGACACCAAAUGUGAAUCUUUUUUAAUUCAGUGUACAGCACCUUUUUCUUUCUUUUCCAAAAAAGUUGAAAAGGAAAGUUUUGAGUGAGGAAGAGAA